GGGUGAAUGUGGGCUACAUGAGCUCAGUCAGGUCUGGACACCGAACAGUUCUGGGUCCUUCUAAGCCAGCUGGUCUGGCUUUACCUUCCUUCGGCGAGCCAACUUGUUUGACACGAGGAAUCGAACAGCGAGCCCGCAGCUGGACCUGGCGGAACGACUUCUUCCCGGCGAAGACGACACGAGCGGUGUUUUGCACGUGACCGUGGGGGUGAUCGCCGCCGCUGGACGGACCGUUGGCGGGAAAGUCAUGCAGCAGUGACUCGCACAGCCUGGAAGACCGUGAAGGCAUCAUCGUCGUCGUCGUCGCCGCGUGUUGCGUUGGAGUGCUCGGACUGCUUGGACCAGGACCUGUCCGCACCGGACCCGGGACUGCUGGACAACUUGAGACUCAUAUGGACGAGAAGAAGUUGGACUUGUACCCAGCAGGACUCGAAGUCAGAGAUUGAAGAGCGAGAGCUGAGGACAAACUCCAAAGACAACAAAGCAGACGGCAAAGAUGGGAAGGAAAAAGAUUCAGAUCGCUCGCAUUGUGGACGAGCGUAACAGACAUGUGACCUUCACCAAGCGCAAGUUUGGCCUGAUGAAGAAGGCGUACGAGCUGAGUGUGUUGUGCGACUGCGAGAUCGCGCUCAUCAUCUUCAACAGCACCAACAAACUCUUCCAGUACGCCAGCACCGACAUGGACAAAGUCCUGCUCAAGUACACCGAGUACAACGAGCCUCACGAGAGCAGGACCAACUCUGACAUCGUGGAUACGCUGCGCAAGAAAGGCUUAAACGGCUGCGACAGUCCCGACAUCGAGGCCGACGACUCUGCGGGUCAGAGCCCAGAGGCGGACGACAAAUAUCGCAAAAUCAACGAGGACAUCGACCUGAUGCUCAACAGACAGAGGAUCUGCCAGGGUAUGCCCGCCUCCAGCUACGACAUGGGCAUGACCCUCCCGGGCGGCAGCCCCUCCGGACUACUGUACUCCCACCCUGGCCUCGGGGGAGCUGUUGGCAGCCACAGCCUGCUGCCUUUGCAGCACUCAUCCCUGCAGAGGAACGGCAUGUCCCCCCAGCGGCCCCCCAGCACUGAAGACGCAGGCUUGCUGGGUUCUGAGCUGCCGAGCAGCGUGGUGACCUCGGGAAACUGCGGCUACAACACCCAGUGCCCCUCCCCCUCGCUGAUGUCCCCGGGAGGCGUGGCCAAGACCCUGCAUGACAAAAGUCCUCCAUCCAUGAGCCUGAGCCGCAAGCCGGACCUGCGACCGCUGAUGGCGCCGACCAACAAGUGCGGCAACAUGCCGAGCGUUUGUGAGGACUUUGACAUGAUACUGAACCAGAGGAUCAAUCACUCUCAGACGGCGCAGACGCUGACCAGCCCGGCCGUGUCCGCGGCGGCCCAGUCUCUGCCCGGCGGGGGGAUGGGCGGGUACCCGUCCUCUCUGUCCUCUUACGGCACAGACUUCUCCCUGGGCGGAGACCUUUCCUCCUUGUCCGCCUUUGGAUCUUCCGGUCUGGGAUCGGUGAGCAACUGGCAGCAGCAGCAGAUCCAGAACCUCCAGCACUCCACGCUGGGACACAUGGGAAACUUGUGCCACAACUCCAACCUCAACUUCCUGUCCGUACACCAGAACCUGCACAUCAAGUCCGAACCGGCGUCCCCUCCCCGGGACCGCGGCGCCGCCAUGGUGGGCACCAGACUAGGAGGCGGGGUCACGCUGGCGGGCCACUCCCCCGCCAACAGCGCAUCCAGCUGCGGGAGCUCGUACGACGGCGGCGAGGAGCGCGACGACCAUCUCGGCGGCGCCGACAACUUCCUCCUGCGGCCGCCGUCCGGCCAGGAGGACCGCCACAGCCCGUCGGUCAAGCGCAUGAGGCUGACCGAGGGCUGGGCUACAUGAUGGGGGGGGGGCGGGGGGGGUCGACGCGGCCGGGAGGGGGCGGGGUUGUUAGCGACGUUACCUUCUAGUGUUAUUUUAUUCUAACGAUCGUAUUAAUCAUGUGCUGAGUGGGCGUGUCUUUUAUGUCUGUCGUUCAGGCUACUGGUUUCCAUGGUGACGCUGGCAACGACACCUUUUGUGAGUCAAAAUGAAGUUGGAAUCAAACCUUUGAAGCUUGGCUAAAAAAAAAAACCCCGCCGGUGAAAAAGUGACCUUAUCGUAGUAAUCAUGACGAUAUCGUUUUGUGACGACUCGUUAUUCAAUUAGGACGUGUCUACAAGUCAGUUUCAGAAUACAACUUUAACUGCGGUUAAAAAAGCUUUAAAAGAGACAUGAUGCAAGUUAACGAAGCAUAAAUAAGACGUUUUAAUACAAGAUAAAAAACGGGUUGAUAGCACUUAGUCCGGUUUAAUUGGCGGUCAAUGAGUUGUUACAAGUAAAUAAGACGUUAGUUAAAAGAGCCGAUCGAGCAUUAAACCUUAAUGAGGACUAAUAGAAGUUACAUCGAGCAUCAGGUCGGACGGAUAGAGAGAGCAGGAAGGCGGAAGUUGAUGCGGGAUGAGGAAGUUGGAAGAAAUUCACCUUAAUGGGAGUGGAAAGAAGAAGAAGAGAGACCCUAUGAGUGCAAUUACGUCUUGAGGGGGCGGAGUCAGGCAGGGCGUGGGAGCCAAUCACAGUUAAAUAAGUUAAAGUAUCACACACACACACACACACUAGGUGUGGGGAAAUGUGUCCUCUGCAUGUCACCCAUCCCCUUGAUCACCCCCUGGGAGGUGAGGGGAGCAGUGAGCAGCGGUGGUGGCCGCGCCCGGGAAUUCAUUUUUGGUGAUUUAACCCCCAAUUCCCACCCUUGAUGCUGAGUGCCAAGCAGGGAAGUAACGGCUCCCAUUUGUAUAGUCCUUGGUUUGAACUCACAACCUCCCCGUCUCAGGGCGGACCCCCUAACCACUAGACCACUCUAACCCCUGCCCGUCCAGGCAGGGUGUUAGCAUUUAGCUGUUAGCUUGUGGCGCGUUAGCGUUGGAGGACUGCGGGACAGUGACGCUUCAAAUCUUUUUUUUUUUUUUUUUAAAAGUCCAAAGUUCUGCUCGUGUCGGACUCUCACACGGUUGUCAUGGUGACGGACGUGGGCGUUCACGUGAUCUAUUGGUAAGAUUUGUGACGUUCUUUGAAAAUUCUGGCUGGGGAGAGGGAAGUCCGGGCUUCCCUGCUUAGGCUGCUGCCCCCGCGACCCGACCUGGGAUCAGCGGAAGAAGAAGGAUGGAUGGAUAAAAGAGCAUGUUUGUAUUUUUAAAGAAACUUCAGUGACCGAGGCGGGCCUAUCACCAUGGUAACGCGUGUCUGACAUCAACCUAGUCGGCUUGUGUUUGGGUUUUUGUUUUUCAGUGUGGACACGAGGCUGAGGGGUUGUUUGGACAUUUUGAAUAUUUUGCUAAUUAAAAUGUAUAUUUGGAGGCCAAACCCUCGGCCGAGCUCAAGAGAACAUUUGGAACACCUGCACACCAGCUCCUCAUCACAACGUCGUCGUCGUCUGGAACGCUGCUGUCAAAAAAAAGGGCGGAGCCCACAAAAAAAAAAAUCCCAACUAAAUGAAAUGUAUUUUGGAGCAAGAGCUGGUCUUUAUGUCAGCUGAGCAGAACCUCCAGCUGCUGUAGGGAGGUUCUGCUCAGUAACUAUGUCGCACACACCAUUUUAUGUUCAAGCAUGUCAUAUUGUUGCUUUUUGGAAGAUAAAUAUGAGAUAAUUAAAUAUACAAGCUCUAUAA